AAACAAAAACAAAAGCCAACAAGAACACACAAACUUUAUAAUCUUCCUUGAUUACACAGACACGCUAUGAGAAUUUAGUGUAGGAAAGAAGAGAAUCACACAGAUCCAAUAACUGUCUACACCUAACCUCUCUUCUUCACACACACACACGCACUGUUCAAGAAUGGAGAACACAAGUGGUCCCCCAGGCGAGGAGCUCCUGCUGAAGAAGAUCCAAGAGCUCGAAGCAGGGCAUGCACAGCUCAAACAAGAGAUGACAAGACUUAUAAUAUCAGGUGAUCAUCACAGUAGAGGUGAACGGCAAAGAUCACAAUCUAUAUCUCCGCAAAGAAGGUCAACGGCUCCUGCUCGCCGGAGAGUCGCCGGAAGUGGGUGUGACGGUGGGAUGAACAUGGGUGGUAGACAUUCGUCGCCGUUGCAGAGGGAGAGUAGAGGUGGUGGUGGUGGUGGUGGGGUGGUGCCGGAGAUGAAGAUGAAGUUUACUGAUAGUCAGUAUUUGAAUAUUUUGGAGUCUAUGGGUCAGUCUGUUCACAUUUUUGAUACCAAUUUUCAUAUUUUUUACUGGAACAAAACGGCUGAGCGGCUAUAUGGUUAUACUGCGGCGGAAGCUCAUGGGAGGACUCCUUUAGAACUCUUAGCAGAACAUCAAGAUCAUGAGAUAGGUUAUCAUAUAAUGAGCCGUACAUUAGCUGGGGAGAGCUGGACGGGGCAGUUCCCGAUUAAGACUAAGAAUGGGGAGAAGUUUAUAGUUGUGAGUACUAACACGCCUUUUUAUGAUAAGAAUCAUAAGUUGGUUGGUGUUAUCUGUGUGUCAACUGAUUCGAGGCCAUUUCAAGAACUGAGGACCAGUCUGUCUGCAGCGCAGGCUGCGCAGCAAUCUGAAGCCAAUUCUAGUAUUAGCCGUCCUAGAAGAAUUGCUUCGGCUAGACUAGGGAUAGAUCCACAGCAGCCACUACAACUUGCAAUCGCCUCAAAGAUAUCAGAUAUGGCUUCCAAAGUGAGCAAUAAAGUAAAAGCAAAAAUGAAGAUGGGAGAUAACACCAUUGUUCAUGAGGGUGGAAGUGGAGACAGUCACAAUUCUGAUCGUGUUGUGCCAGAUGUGACUCUCUCUGACCACAAGGAAGAUGCACUUUCAAGUGGGCAUAGCACCCCCAGAGGAGAUACUCAUUCUCCAUUCGGAGUCUUCUCUUCUGGUGCCCAUGACAAGUUUUCAGCUGGAAAGCCAAACACAGAUCCUGGUAACGAAAAUGAUGGAAAACCUGCUAUCCACAAAACUAUUACUAACAAGGCAGAGGCAUGGAUGGGUAAGAAAGGUAUAUCAUGGCCAUGGAAAGGAAAUGAUCGGGAAGGGUCAGAACCAAAUGCUACUCGUUUUGGCUGGCCCUGGCUGCAUAGUGAUCAAGAAAAUGACUCUGUUAAGACAUCUGCAGCUGCUCCAAAACCAGAAAGUCAGGCAUUUGACACAAAUAGAACUGCUCACAGUGAGGCUCCAGGUUCCUGGUCGUCCUCAUUUAAUGUCAACAGUACUAGCAGUGCAAGUAGUUGUGGCAGUACUAGUAGUAGCACUGUUAAUAAAAUGGACAUGGAUAGCGAUUCCUUGGACUAUGAAAUAUUGUGGGAAGACUUGACAGUUGGAGAGCAGAUUGGGCAAGGUUCUUGUGGGACUGUCUUCCAUGCUCUGUGGUAUGGAUCAGAUGUUGCAGUCAAGUUAUUUUCCAGGCAGGAAUAUUCAGAUGAGGUCAUACAUGCUUUCAAGCAAGAGGUGUCCCUGAUGAAAAGGCUACGGCAUCCGAACAUUCUGCUUUUUAUGGGCGCGGUAACUUCACCAGAGCGUCUUGGCAUUGUCACGGAGUUUCUUCCCCGUGGAAGUUUGUUCCGGUUGCUACAGAGGAGUACCACUCGAAUAGACUGGAGAAGACGUAUACACAUGGCACUGGAUAUUGCAAGAGGCGUGAAUUAUCUUCAUCAUUGCAGCCCGCCGAUAGUUCAUCGUGAUUUGAAGUCUUCAAACCUUCUUGUAGACAAGAACUGGACCGUAAAGGUUGGAGACUUUGGUUUGUCACGUCUCAAGCAUGAAACUUUUCUGACAACAAAAACAGGAAAAGGAACGCCCCAAUGGAUGGCCCCAGAAGUUCUACGGAAUGAACCUUCAGAUGAAAAGUCUGACGUGUACAGCUAUGGGGUGAUAUUGUGGGAAAUAGCUACUGAGAAGAUUCCUUGGGACAAUCUUAACUCAAUGCAGGUGAUUGGAGCUGUCGGGUUCAUGAACCACCGGCUAGAGAUCCCUAAAGAGGUGGAUCCACAGUUUGCUUCCAUAAUUGAGAGCUGUUGGCACAGUGAGCCAAGAAGCCGCCCGAGUUUCCAAGAAUUGCUAGAAAAGCUUAAAGAUCUGCUGAGACAGCAUGUUGCUCAAUCUCAAGCAGCCCGCUCAAAUGCAGGAGACGGUUCCUAAAGAGAACGAUGGACGUGAUGUAAAUAGUCGUUGAUUGAUUUGUUGGUGUGUUGACAUCUUUUUCAAAGGUGUGUACCUGCUGCAGCCAAUUGCCUGCAGCAUCGGUAUUACAAAUUGAAUUGCAUGGUGAGCACAGAAUUUUUGUUUACUAUUGAGGUCUCAAGUCAUUGCAUCCUUUGAAUCAUUAAAUCAGAAGAAUUGAUAUUUCUUGAACCUGAAACGUCAGGGAUGUAUUAUUCAAUUAGCAAUAGCUUGUGUAUAUUGCAUUCAUCGGACGUUGUGCACUACUAGAACUAGAACCAUUUGAAAGAUCAUUGUAGAAUUGUACAGUGGCCGCUCAGAAUGAUACCUGAAUAGUGAUGUAAUUGAUCUUUUGCAA